AUGGUGCGCACCAUUGCCAUGGACGGAACUGACGGCCUCACGAGAGGUCAGAAGGUGGAGGACACCGGCGCACCGAUCACUGUGCCGGUUGGAGAGCAGACGCUGGGCCGCAUCAUGAACAUCAUUGGUGAGCCCAUUGAUGAGCUGGGUCCCAUUGAGACCAAGAAGUUCUACGCGAUUCACAGGCCAACCCCGACCUUCACCGAGAUGAACACCACAGCGCAGCAGCUGCUCACAGGUAUCAAGGUGGUGGAUUUGCUGGCACCCUAUGCCAAGGGAGGCAAGAUCGGUCUGUUCGGUGGUGCCGGAGUGGGCAAGACGGUUGUCAUCAUGGAGCUGAUCCACAACAUCGCGCUGAAGCACGGCGGCUACAGUGUCUUCGCCGGAGUGGGCGAGCGAACCCGCGAGGGCAACGACUUGUAUCACGAGAUGAUGGCGAGCGGUGUGAUCAAGGAGAACAAAGCGCCGGGCUCCAAAGCCGCGCUGGUGUACGGCCAGAUGAACGAGCCCCCAGGCGCCAGGGCCCGGGUGGCUCUGACGGGCCUCACGGUGGCAGAGUACUUCCGUGACGAGGAGGGCCAGGAUGUGCUCCUCUUCGUGGAUAACAUCUUCCGCUUCACGCAAGCCGGCUCUGAGGUGUCUGCGCUCUUGGGGCGCAUUCCCAGUGCGGUGGGCUACCAGCCGACCCUGGCGACGGACUUGGCCUCCCUGCAGGAGCGCAUCACCACCACCCAGAAGGGAUCCAUCACUUCGGUGCAGGCUGUCUAUGUGCCUGCGGAUGACUUGACUGACCCGGCGCCUGCCACUACCUUCGCCCACCUGGAUGCCACUACGGUCUUGUCCCGGCAGAUUGCGGAGCUCGGCAUCUACCCUGCGGUGGAUCCUUUGGAUUCCACGUCGCGAAUGCUUGACCCUUCGAUUGUGGGACAGCGUCACUACGACAUCGCCCGAAGCACGCAGAAGAUUUUGCAGGACUACAAGUCCUUGCAGGAUAUCAUUGCCAUCCUGGGCAUGGAUGAGCUUUCGGAGGAGGACAAGCUGACGGUUGCUCGCGCCCGCAAGGUGCAGCGCUUCUUGUCCCAGCCCUUCUUCGUUGCUGAGAUUUUCACUGGCACGCCUGGAGCCUUUGUUGACUUGGAGACGACGAUCAACGACUUCGAGGAGGUUCUCGCGGGCAACUGCGACGACAUCCCGGAGGCCGCCUUCUACAUGAUCGGCGGCAUGAGCGAUGUGAAGGAGAAGGCGGAGAGCCUUGAGGCGGGCCUGGAGUCUCGCCUCAAGGCUUCCAGAGCUUCAAGCGUGUCAGGUUCUCCAACAGAGGCCCCCUCUCCGCUACAACUCCAAGAGCUGGACGCUUACGCCGAGCUGGUGGACAAGCUCCGUAGCGAGGUCGCUCGGGAGCGCACGGAGCGCGAGGCCUCUGCAGCAAGUCUGGCAGCGUUGCGAAAUUCGUAUCGGCUUCUCUUGCAACGUGCGUCCACCGACAGCUUGGGUGACCCUUCUGGAAGUGGUGAGGCACGCAUGGCCAUGCCAACUUCCUUUGUUGUACAUUGA